AGGUAACCUAACUGAUGUGCUCAUCAAACCAUUAACAUUUUUUCUUUCGAACAACAUCAACCCAUAAUCCGGUUACCUAAUCAACUAAAACUUUUGCAUUAUAUAUGAUGAUGACAGACAAAAGGGGAAAAUGGAUUUGCUAUCGAAAUGUCACUUCAAAGCCCUCCCUCCAAAAUCAAAUGUAUGCAAAAGAUAUUUCUAUCUGGCCUACAAAAUAGGUAAUGAUUCAUUUCAAUGGAUAUAUAAUAUGCAUCGAAACACUAAUAAACAAAUAUUAAGCUCAAGGUUAAUCACCUUCUCAACAAUGUCGUUGUAGUAUAGUGGUAAGUAUUCCCGCCUGUCACGCGGGUGACCCGGGUUCGAUCCCCGGCGAUCCCCGGCAACGGUGAUUUUUUUUUUUUUGCGUUUUUUUUAUUGCAACGACACCAUUUAAUGGUAAGCUACCGGACGGUAGCUCACCCACCGCCGGCCGGCGGCCACAACAUCUGGCAAAAUUGCUUGUGGAAAAGGUUAAAAAGAAGAAUCACAGAAAAUUUUCACAUGCUGCAUGUGUUCUUCUCCUACUUACACUUGGAAAACGACAUCCAUCUACCUUAAUUAAACUACCUACCUUUCUUUCUGUACUACGGUCCUGAAUCCUGAUAUAUUUGGUGUUUUCCUCUAUUUAUUUAGUGCUUGCUUAAACCCAAAAAAAAAAAAAAUUGAAACUGAUUCUGUAUUUGAUGAGGAAAGGGAUUGAUCACUGCACCACUACCCCACCUGUCUCUCUCUCUCUCUCUAUGUGUAUGUCCAAGAGUAGUUCUAAUUAGAAACAACGAUUUUGAGGUCAAACUAAGAAUAUGGAUAUGGCAUCUCUGUUUAAAAGAUCUGUAGUCUUAUUCUUAUCUAGUAUUAUUUUUCUGAUGAUGUGGGGUCGUUUGGAAGUUGGGAUUGCGGAUAAUGUAAUCAAGCAAUACAUGUAAUUAGAAGAAUUCGAAAGGUAUUUUUUUUAGAAAGGCAAACACCAAGGGUGUGUGACUGUAUGAACUCGUAUUAACAUUAAAGCGUUCUUAGGAAAUUACCCAUUACAUCAAAAUGAAUCCGGUGCCUAAGUCUCCAGACAUCAAUCAAAUGGAUGCCAAAAGAGAGAGUAUGCCCUUUGUUAGCCCAAAAAAAAAAAUAUGCAGCUCUAUUACAUUCUCUGUAGGUGGUGUUUGAUUUUGACCAGCCAAUCCAUGCCGAUGGUCGAGAUCUUGUUUGUUUCUGAUAAUGUUGAUCGCAUUUGUUGAAUCAAGACAAUAGCCCAAUACGUGUAUAAUUUAGGACUGCAAACGAGCCGAGUCAAAUCGAGUUUUUGCUUAGUUUGAGCUCGGCUCGUUUAGAAAAUUUUCAGCUCGAGCUCGACUCGAACUUGAACUUUUCAUAAUCCAGCUCGAGCUCGACUCGAUAGAGCUCGGUAAAUGCUCAUUAACACAGCUUGUAAAGCUGAGUACAAGCUCGACUCAAGAUGAGCUCGAUUUGAAAUCAUUCUUGUUGAAAAGUGUGUGCACAUAAGAGUUUAAAUGACAAAAAGAACAUUAGAAACCAUCAAUUACAACUAACUUUCAUGCAUAUCCGUAUUAACAAGAUAAUGUUCACGUUCAGAAGAAUAAUCAAUUCUUCCACAAGCUCUAAACAGGCCACAGCUCGCGAGGUUAGCUCGACAAGCCACCGAGUCAAACUAGCUCACGACCUUUUCAAACUGAGCAUAGUCUAGCUCAAACUUGACUCGUUUACUGACGAGUCGGCUCGCGAGCCAACUUGUUAAAUAACGAGUCGAGUAUCUAACGAGUUUUUCCCGAUUUGAACGUCGAGUUGCUCGCGAACGGCUUGUCUCAUUUGCAGCUGUAAUGUAUAUCUAUAAGCAAGAGGACAAAGAGAGUAGGUGUCCCCAAAACAGUACUUUGAUUGUAGAUCCACUACUCUAAGACAAAACCCGUACGCGUUUGCUUAGCUCACAAGAAAUGUUGAAAGAGGUAAGCUAUGUAGGUCGAAAAAAAGAAGAAGUAGGAAUGCUCUUGUCUCCCUCCGUUUAACCUAUUCUUUCUGGCUUAUUUUCCCUUUGGCAAAAAAGCCGGCAAUCAAUCAAAUCAUAAAAGGGAGGGAACAUUCUGAAUAAAUACAAAACGAGGGAACAUAGAAAUCCACAUACUAUGUUGAAUUGUAACGCCAAUCCGCUACUUAGCUCGCCGAUUAGUAUAUCUGAGUAUUUCAUUAACAUAUACUUUCUAUAGAAUUGUCGACAAAAUAAAUCAAAGCGAAAAUUAUCAAAAUGUAUAGAAUCAAGUUGUUUAUAUUUUGAUAAAAGUGCCAUUUGCUUCAACAUAUGUCUAGUAUUUUUCAACCGGAAUAAGCUAAAGCGUUAUUUGUAAGCUAACGCAUCCAUAAUAUGCUAUUAUUUCUAAAAUUGUAUGCAUAUACAAAAGAAACAACGUGAACCGUAGUAUGUAAGAACUUCUAGUAUAACAAGAAAUUCAAAUUCUCUCACAUAUAUGCUUGUAUACGACAUAAAUAUAUUCACAAUAGAUGUAACACAUGUUGGGUCGGGUAUCUACGGGUUGCAUAUCUCAAAUAUCCGCACUCAAUUUAAGAGAGGUAGGUUCUGGAAAAAAAUAUGUACCCAACAUUAAAUCUUAAUUUUAACGACAAAUACGAGUGAAUUGAAUCACGAAAGCAGUGGUUGGGUUAUGAUUAUUUUUGUUCAGUACUCGUCCUAGGGAUGCUCUUCUCUCCCUCCUUUAAACCUUAUUCUUUCUGGCUUAUUUUCCCUGUGGAAUAAAUAGGCAAAAAGGACGGCAAUCAUAUGGAGUAUUUUAUUAACAUAUACCAUCUAUUGGAUGAUUGUCGUUGGUUUAUAAAUUUCAAUCUGGAUAGAUUUGUCAUUUGAGUGUCUUAAUCAAUCUUUUCCUUUGGUGAAAAUAAUCAAACAUUUUCAUCAAGGAAAUACAUUUUUUGGUGCAACAUGUGUAAUUAUCGUUUGCUUCAUGAAUUUAAAAAUGAAGGUUUUGUAAUUUAAAAACUCAAGAAAUUAUCAAGGAUUUAAGACAUUACGGAUUUGUAACAAUCCUUUGUUUCUUGAGAUGUUUUAUCAUGGAUUUAAGGGUUUGGGAUUUAGAACUUAAAGUCUAAAAUUACCAUACUAUCAUUUUCCAUUUGUUUGUGUACACAAUACAAUGACAAUACGUACUAGUAAGCAUAAUGUUGUCUAAAAUUACCAUAUUAGAACUGGAAAACAAAGAAUUAUAUGUUCCAUACUAUCAUUUUCCAUUUGUUUGUGUACACAAAACAAUGACAAUACGUACUAGUAAACAUAAUGUUGUCUAAAAUUACCAUAUUAGAACUGGAAAACAAAGAAUUAUAUGUUCCAUGAAAGGUCAAAUGAAACUAGAACACAAGAAAGAGUAUAAAAAAAUCUAACUCAUGUUUGCACACUAACUAAAUAUUUAUAUUAUUUCUUUGUUGUUAAUUAUUAAUUAUUUAUAAUGUACAAUAGGUAAAUGUGGGAAAAAAAAUCUCAAGUUACACAUGUUUUUAAAAAAAAAUUCUCAAAAUACACACGUUAUGAAAAUAAUUCCCAAUCUACUCAUAUUUGGGCCAUCACCGCUGUCGACGAAGACAGUGAUUGCAUCACUGCAGUACACGGCCGUGGUGAAGGCCUAACCGGCGUCGAAAGUUUAAACAAACGUAACUUUGUACUCGGUUAUCCGAUCGUAGCGAAAUUUUUUUUGAUUCCGCAUAAUUUGUCGAGCUCUUGCAAGCCGGCAAAUUGCCGUAGGCGGUUUGAUCCCGCCUUCGUCUCGAAAAUAUGUCGUUUGCUACCCCGAACGAGCCUUUUUUCGAUUUCGUCAAACUUUGGACGACCAUAACUUUGUGCUCCACAAUCCAAAAAUCAUGAAUUUUUUUUUGAUUUCGCAUAAAUUUUUAAGGACUACAAUUUUUAUCAUAGACAUAUUUUCGGAAUGUACUUGGAUUCCUGAAAAGGAAGGUAAAGUUAUUCCUAAAACCCCUUAUAUCCAUAAAUAAUUCAUUUUUUGAAAAUUCUCUCCUACUAAAAAUUGUAGUCCUUAAAAAGUUAUGCGAAAUAAAAAAAAAUUCAUGAUUUUCGGAUUGUGGAGCACAAAGUUAUGGUUGUUCAAAGUUUGACGAAAUCGAAAAAAGGCUCGUUCGGGGUAGCAAACGACAAAUUUUCGAGACUAAGGCAGGACCAAACCGCCUACGGCAAUUUGCGGCUUGCAAGAUCUCGAAAAAUUAUGCGGAAUCAAAAAAAAAUUCGCUACGAUCGGAUAACCGAGCACAAAGUUACGUUUGUUUAAAGUUUCGAUGCAGGUCAGGCCUUCACUACGGCCGUGUACUGCAGUGAUGCAAUCACUGUCUUCGUCGACAGCGGUGAUGGCCCAAACAUGCGUAGAUUGGGAAUUAUUUUCAUAACGUGUGUAUUUUGAGAAUUUUUUUUAAAAUCAUGUGUAACUUGGGAUUCUUUAUGUAAAUGUGAGGGCAACCUUAGAAUUUUAAAAGCUCAUGAGGGUAUAUGGGUCAAAUUUCAUCAUGGAUUUACGUCAUUUUACAAAUCCCACAUCAAUAUUUGGGACUUACAAGUUCGUGAGGUCCACAAAUUUGAAUCCUUAAAAUUUGUGGGCCCCGGGAUUUGGCCCCUAAAAGAAAUGCAAGCAAACGAUGAAUUUUUCUUCAAUCCAUGAUAGAAUGGAUUUGGGUACCAAAUCCAUCAUCCAAAUCUACGAAGCAAAAGACCCCUUAGUUUAUGUGAGGUUGUUCGUACACGAAUGACAACCCUUUUAAGUUUGAUGGAGUAUAUAUUAGUGUUUAGAUCUUCGUAAAUGAUUUAUCAAUUAUUUGUUACGAUUUGCAAUCUCGUUCUUUAUAUUUGUCAACUAUUUGCUAUGAAUUACUUCACAAGGCACACUACCACCUCCGGACUAGGGAUGGAAAUGGGUCGGGUUGGGUUUUGUCAAACCCAAACCCAUGGGUAUAUCCAACAAAAAAAUCCGAGGUAAAACCUAUUGGAUUUGAAAAAUUCAAACCCAACUCGCUGGGUAUCCGCGGGUUCAUGGAUACCCAUGGGGUUUGUGCUAAAAAAUGCACAAUAACAAGUUUAUGUGAAAAUAAAAGUCUAACAUCAAUCUUUUCAUACAAAAACACCAAUCAAGAGCAUACAAGCAAACCACAAAUUAUCCAUACAAAUUGUUCAGCAUAUAAACAUCUAUAAACAACAUGAUUAAUUGAAAACUUCUUCCUCAUUGUCAACUAACCUUUUUCACUCUCAAUUCCAUAAAAUCAACUUCAUUCUACACAAUUAGGAAGAAUAAAUUAGACACGUAUCCACAAACUUAACGAAGAUUUGUUGCUUAAAGAAGAUAUAUUACUUAGAAUAUUAAAUAUAUCGGAAAAAUUAACUAUAAUGAUGUGGGUGGAUAUCCAUGGGGCAUGUUAUACCUAAACCCGCACUCAACCCGGUGAAUAGUGUAAUGGGCUUAAACUCGAAUCCGACCCAAAACCCGUCAACACAGGUAAAGUUGGGUCUGGUAGGAUUCCCGUGGGUUCAGGUUUUGUUGUCAUCCCUACUCCGGACAGCACUAGCCUUCAUUCAAUAUAAUACAUAUAGCUCAACAGUAUGACAAGCUUCCCAAUCACUCGAUUCAAUCCUUACUUGAGGACUCCUACGCUCCUCUCGCUUCAUCAAGUAUAGUAGAGAAGUGCACUUACUCAUAAAACAUAUCAAAGAACAUAAUGUUAGGCAUAGCAAGAAAUAAGUUUUUAACUUUACAAUGUCAGAGACUAGUGUAACAUUCAUAAUUAACAUUCUCUCAACUACUCGAAUUAUUGAUACCAACUUAUUUAUGACACACCACCACCUCAACCACGAUCUAUAUCCACCAAAAAUCAGUACACUUUCUACUACCCUAUGUAUUUCCGACGUCCAACACCUACAAAACGCAUCGUAAAAAAUAAGAGCUCAAUGACGAACAAAUUAAAAAAAAAAACUCCACUAAAGCUUAUUCAUAACAAAACAAACACAAAUGAAACCCCUAGAAUUCUCACCCCAAACAACACACCAAUAGUACCACCAUAAGUGCACAACUUGCCCUUGUGUGGUGUUCAUAAGUAGAGAGGAAUUACUAGUCUACGAUCUUGACUAGUCCGUGUGUUUGUAUAUAAUACGAUUUUUUUUUCAAGAAUAUAAUUUUACCAAAAUUUCGCUCUGCCAUCACUCAAGAGAGGUGUGUGGGGAUGUUCGUGGAUUAUAAAAAUAAUAAUAAUUUUACCUAAAUGAUUAAAUAUCGUCAUCCACUUCUAUUGGCAGUAACAAUAAUGUUAAAAACUAAUUAUGUUGAUUCACGAAAAACUUACUAUAACAAGACGGUUGGGAGAAGGAAAAUCAGAGGCAUCCAUAAAGAAAGGGAAAAACAAAGAAUAACUGACUAGAAGAAAGAAAAUGAGACGAAUUUGCAAGCAGAGUCAACUUUCUCCUCGCUCUGCUGAUUUCUCUUUCUAAACUUCUCCUCCAAAACCCCUGGGGCUUGGCCGCAGGGUCCAGCGCCAGAGGAACCUUCCUUCUUUCUCCCUUUACCUUCGAUCUUGAAGAAGAAGCAAAAUAAAUAGAGACCCACAAUAGUAAAAUGCCGUCUUCCCCAUGAUUCUUUCUCUACUCCCCUUUCCCGCAUUGCCAUCUCUCUCUCUCUAGAAGCUUUACUUCUUCUUCUUCUUCUUCCUCCCAUUACUCUGCUUUCCUUCCUUCCUUCACUUUACUUACUACCACUGCUACUUCCCUUCACUUGACGGCAUCCUCCUCCUCCCUUUUCUUUCUUUCUUUCUUUCUUUCUUUCUUGCUCUCCCCACUGCGAUCCGUCACUUUCUUGAAGUCGACCCACCUCAGAUCCCCAAAAAAACCUUCUCAAUUUCCCCCUUUCCCCUCCUUUCCGUGCUCCGAACUGUUUAUCCGUGGGCGUCUUGAAGGGAAAUGAAGGAUGUUGUUCUCGUGGCUUGCAAAGAUAGCUAUGGCGUGUUGGAGACCCGUGGUGAGGAGGUAUGCCCGCAUGAACAAGGAUGACGGUGGUAGUAGUGGAAGUGGCAACGACGGCGGAGCGGACUCGCUUCUCUGGUCCAGGGAUUUGGAGAGGCAUUCUUGUGGGGAGUUUUCUUUCGCGGUGCUUCAAGCGAAUGCGGUAAUUGAAGACCACAGCCAGGUCGAGACUGGCCGGGAUGCAGUCUUCGUCGGCGUCUACGACGGCCAUGGCGGCCCUGAAGCUUCUCGAUUCAUCUCUGAUCAUCUGUUCAAGAACGUGAUGGAAUUUGCAAGAGGAGGAAACAUCUCAGAAGACACUCUCAGAAAUGCCUUUUCUGCAACUGAAAAAGGGUUUCUCACUCUUGUCCGUAGAAGCAUUGGAAUAAAGCCAGAGAUUGCUGCAGUUGGAUCUUGUUGCUUGGCUGGUGUGAUUUGGAAUGGCACUCUAUACGUUGCCAAUGUUGGGGAUUCUAGGGCAGUAGUUGGCUCUCUACGCAGGUCGAAGAAGAUAGUCGCCGAGCAGUUGACCAGAGAUCAUAAUGCCUGCAUGGAAGAGGUCAGACAAGAGCUGAAAUUAAUGCAUCCAGAUGAUUCACAUAUUGUCGUUCUGAAGCAAGGAGUUUGGCGCAUCAAAGGCAUUAUCCAGGUGUCUAGAUCAAUAGGCGAUGCAUACUUGAAGGGGCCCGAGUUUGCUAUGGAGCCGUCAUUCCCACGGUUCCACCUUCCCGAACCGGUUCGAAAGCCCGUGCUGACAUCAGAACCAUCCCUACUGUUGAGAGUUCUGCAGCCGGAAGACAAAUUCCUCAUUUUUGCUUCGGAUGGGCUGUGGGAACAUGUCUCAAACCAGGAGGCAGUGGAGAUGGUGUACAAAAAUCCACGAACGGGGAUCGCGAGGAGGCUCGUGGAAGCAGCAUUGAAGAAAGUAUGCAAGAAGAGGGGCGUGGCGUACAAGGAGCUCAAGGCGAAGGGAAACGGGGAAAGGAGGAGGUUCCAUGAUGAUAUAACAGUGGUUGUGAUCUUCAUCGACAGUGAUCAUGAUGAAGGUCAGAAUGUGGCCGAGGUUCCUGAGAUUUCGUUUCGCGGAUUCAUCGAUACCGUUGGACCCUCGAGUUUCAGCAGAGUUCCUUCUUCACAAGGGGUUUAGCUUGAGCUAGCACAUACAUUUUUUUUUUUUGGGGUUUGAUACUGUGAAGAGCAUGGAGUGGAAUAGGAAGAAGAGGCUACUGUUGUUUCAGUUUGGUAGUAGUUUCAGUCUAUAGACUAUAUACUGAUUACUGACGAUGAGCGUCAUUCAACUAAUUGUAUAAUUAGCUCAUGUCAUGACGACAGCAACCCAAUGCGAGAUAUUUUGCAGCCUGAUAAUGAUGUCACUCUUUGAAUCUUCUCACAUAAUGCCAAGCUCUGUUCUGUUCAUUCUUUGUUUCAGUGUUUGAAUUACCUUACACGUGUUUGCUUGAAAAUACAGCCACGUGGUUAAU